CCCUACUUUGGUACAACAACGAAAACCCUUAUUCCCCUCUUUUGUGUUCUCUUUGUGAACCCUAGCUAGGUAGGAAUAGGAUCAAAGGAAAAUGGUGUUAGAGGAGGAGAUUGAAGUGUAUGAUGUGAGGCUAUCCUCAGUUGGGCCGGGGCGGGCCACCGGGUCGGACGUGUUCCACAGCCCGGGUGGGUUGGACUUGGCCAUGAAGCUUCACUACCUUAGAGUGGUUUACUUCUUUGAUAGUGAGGCUGCACAAGACCUAACCAUAAUGAAGAUCAAGGAUGCCAUGUUCACUUUGUUCAACCCUUACUUCAUCACCUGUGGCCGCUUCCGCCGAUCGGAAUCCGGUAGACCCUUCAUCAAGUGCAAUGAUUGUGGAGCAAGGUUCAUUGAAGCCAACUGCAACAAGACCCUUCAUCAAUGGCUAGCCACUCAGGAUUGGCCCUUGUACAAGUUCUUGGUCUCUCACCAAGUCAUUGGACCUGACCUUUCUUUUUCUCCUCCUGUUUUAUUGCAGGUCACUAAAUUCAAGUGCGGAGGUAUUUCAUUGGGCCUUAGCUGGGCCCAUGUGUUGGGGGACCCACUUUCAGCUUCAGAAUUCAUGAACUCUUGGGGCCAAGUAAUGAACAAUUUGGGCCCUAAAAAGCUUGAUAACAUCCCAAGACCUGUCCCAACAUCCGGACAACCCGGACCCGAAAAGGAUCCAGUUUCAGCGAAGCGGAUCGACCCGGUGAGUGAUCAUUGGAUCCCAGCCAACAACAACAAAAUGGACACAUUCUCCUUCCACCUCACUAGCUCCCAAAUGAACUACUUGCAAGCACAAAUUUGGGGUCCAAGUCUUGCCCAAACCCCUCCUUUUGAGUCCCUAUGUGCCAUGAUUUGGAGUUGCGUGGCCCGGGCUCGGCCAGGAUCCGAACCGAAAAUUGUGACCGUGUGUCGACCCGACCCGAACAAUAGGGCCAAUGACAUCAUUGGUAAUAACCAAAUGAUAUGCAAGGUUGAGGCUGGAAGUGAAUGUUGCAUUGUUGACACAAAUUUGAGUGUGUUGGCUAGCAUGCUUGCGGAUCAAGGUGUGGAUGAGAGGAAGCAAAUUGAGGAAGAAAUUGAAAGAGAUGAAGGUGUGAGUGACUUUUUUGUGUAUGGUGCCAAUUUGACAUUUCUAGACUUGGAAGAAACCAAUGUGUAUGGCUUGCAAUUGAAGGGACACAAACCAACAUUUGUUUACUACACCCUUCAAGGGGUUGGUGAUGAAGGUGCUGUUUUGGUGUAUCCUUGGCCAAAAGGUUCUACCAAGAAUAAUGGUGUUGAUGGCAAGUUUGUGACCAUGAUUUUGGCCGAGGAUGAAAUGGUGAAGGUUAAAUCUCAGCUCAAGCUGAAUGGUCUUCUGCUUGAGGGCAAUUAAUUUUUAAUGAGAUUAUUGAAUAUUUGUCAAAGAACAAAUUUCUUUUUAUUUUGUUUGUUUGGUUGUUAUUAACAUGGCGGAAAAUUAGCCUGUAGUACCUUUGUUUGUUGCUUUAGAGUCGUGCCUCACGUUAACCUUGGUGUGGCAUGGUCUCAUUGUUCUUCAUGCGUUGUUAUUAAAUAACUUA